AGGUGAGCAAGCUCUUGCCAGGUUAUCCCGAAUGAUACGGGGCAUUGGUGAUCCUUUGUUAGCUGCAUAUGCACGGAUGUAUGUCUGCAAAGUUGGUUCUGAGGUAGCACCUAAUCUCACUCAGUACAUGUCAGAAGGUGUCGAAGAUUUUCUUCAAACUCUGAAACAGGGUUUGUGGCCAGAGGGAGAAGCUGAUGUAAACAUGGGAGAAGACAAGGAUACCUUGGCUGCUCGUGUCCUGUCACCACCUUUGGAAUGGAUGAUGCAGUGCUUAGCUCAGAGAGCUCCUCAUCAUGUGUUACAGAGUGUGUUGCGUCAGUGUGAAGGAGGAGAAGGACUAGGACAGAAUCUGCUUGUUGCAGCUGUUCUCAUUACAUUCCCACAUCACUUCAUUGCUCAGAAUGCCAUUGCCCUCACACAUCUUAUUGCAGGGUGCUCACACCCAGGCAAAGCACAGCAUGAAUUGCUGUGUGACUUGGGAAGAUGUGUGAAUCAAGCUGCUCCAUCCCAGCAUCAGCAGCUGCCCUUACUGAAUGCUGUUUGGAAAUUUGUCACAAAAAUACCAGAUGUAAAAGAUUACUUAUCUACUGCUGGAAUUUGGCUUGAGUUUACUGCAAAACAUUUUACGCCAUCUAACACAUUUUACCCUAAUGUUUAA